AUGUGGAUUAAUACUGCAGCAUUUGGCCUAGUAGGGUUGCUGGUAAUAUAUGUUGGUCAUUGGAUUAGGAGAUGGAGGAAUCCUAAGUGUAAUGGGAUUCUGCCUCCAGGCUCAAUGGGAUUCCCUUUGAUUGGAGAAACUCUCCCUCUCAUUAUUCCCAGUUACUCUCUUGACCUUCAUCCCUUCAUCAAAACAAGAAUUCAAAGAUAUGGGACUAUUUUUCGAACAAGCAUAGCAGGUCGACCAGUUAUAAUGUCAGCCGAUCCCGAACUCAACAAUUUUCUUUUACUACAAGAAGGGAAGCUAGUUGAGCUCUGGUAUAUGGACACCUUUUCAAAGAUCUUUGCACAAGAAGGUGAAUCUCGAACCAGCGCAGUUGGCGCAGUACACAAGUACGGGAGGAGCAUAUUUCUCAAUCACUUUGGUGCUAGUAGCCUAAAGGAAAAGCUACUACCUCAGAUUGAACAAGUGGUCUACAAAACUCUCAGUUCAUGCUCAACUCAAGAUUCUGUUGACAUCAAACGAGUUGCUUCAGCUAUGGUUUUAGAAUUUAGUGCCAAGCAAAUUUUAAGUUACGAUGCUGAAACUUCACCUAUAAAUAUAACUGACGCAUAUAGUAGAAUCAUAAAUGGUUUCAUGUCUUUUCCUGUGAACAUACCCGGCACAGCAUACCAUCAAUGUCUAAAGAACCAAAACAAAGUAGUAUCCAUGUUGAAGGAUAUGCUAAAGGAGAGACAGAACUCGACCGAGUUGAAUCACGGUGAUUUCUUGGAUCAGAUUUGUAAGGACAUGGAAAAGGAGAAGUUCUUAUCAGAAGAUUUCAUUAGUCAGCUGAUUUUUGGGGGCCUGUUUGCUACAUUUGAGUCAAUUUCGGCUGUGAUUGCAUUAGCUUUCUCGCUGCUUCCACACCAUCCUUUAGUAUUGGAGGAGAUGAUGGCAGAGCAUGAAGCAAUUCUCAAAAACAGACCAAAUCCAAACUCUUCACUCACAUGGGACGAAUACAAAUCGAUGCCUUUUACUCUUCAUGUUAUCAAUGAAAUUCUUAGGCUGGGAAAUGUUACACCAGGAUUAUUGCGUAAAGCAAUCAAAGAUAUCCCAGUAAAAGGAUUUACUAUUCCAGCUGGUUGGACCAUUAUGCUGGUCACCUCUGCUCAGCAGUUAAGCCCCAACACAUUCCACAAUCCGCUUGAGUUCAAUCCAUGGCGUUGGAAGGAACUCGAUUCUGAGGUUGUAUCGAAGAAUUUCAUGCCUUUUGGGGGAGGAAUGAGACAAUGUGCAGGAGCAGAAUAUAGUAGGGUGUUUAUGGCAACCUUUUUCCAUGUCUUGCUCACCAAAUAUAGGUGGACAAAAAUCAAAGAAGGAACUAUUUCUCGAAAUCCUAUUUUAGGAUUUGGAAAAGGCAUUCACAUUAAAUUAUCCAAGAAGUAA